AUGGCAUAUGGUGUUGAUGCUCUGGCUGCCAAGCUGAGUGGCGAAGGCAAUGGCAAGGUGCAGAAUCUGGUUCUUUCGGACGUUACUUCUCUAUCCCUUGGUAUUGAAACUCAUGGAGGUUUAAUGGCUUGUAUUAUUUCGAGGAAUACACCUAUCCCAACCAGGAGAAUGAAAUGUGGUUUCUGGACAGGGUGCAACUUUCAGACCGGUGUGACUAUUAAGGUGUAUGAGGGCGAAAGAAGCCAUGCAUCAGAGAACAACUUGCUUGGGGUACUCUAUGCUAAAGGCAUUCCACCACUGCCCAGAAGUGUUGAAAUCAUGUAUACCUUCGACAUUGAUGAGAAUGGCAUCAUGACCGUGUUAGCUGAAGUAAAGGGUACUAGAGUGAUGAACAACAUCACCAUCACCGUCACCAUCACCAUCACUAACUAG